UUUUCUCCUCCUCCUCUUGCUUCUCUUCAUCCACCUCCUCCUCCAGUCACUCGUGAAGAAGAGCCUGCGCUGUCGCUCGGGGAGGGGGUGUGUGGAGCCCGGUGCCGACUACCCCGCGAGUCCGCAGUGGCCGCAGCUGCCGCGGGGUCAGGUCGCGGUCGUCUGGAGAGAAACCUCGGGGGUCGGUCCAAUAACGGGGUUCGGGUGCCUGGUUUGUGAACAUCACAGGGUUUGUGGAUGCACUUAGAUGUUUGCAAUGAGCACUGUGGCUGGCAUGCCCCAGUGUUUUGGAUACCAAUGCAUAGGACUCCGUAGUAAUCGAAUUUAUCAGAAACGAACGUCAUGAGCAUAGUGAUCCCAUUGGGGGUUGAUACAGCAGAAACUUCAUAUUUGGAAAUGGCUGCAGGCUCAGAACCAGAAUCCGUAGAAGCUAGCCCUGUGGUAGUUGAGAAAUCCAACAGUUAUCCACAUCAGUUAUAUACCAGCAGCUCGCAUCAUUCACACAGUUAUAUUGGUUUGCCCUAUGCGGACCACAAUUAUGGUGCUCGUCCUCCUCCAACACCUCCAGCUUCUCCUCCUCCAUCAGUUCUUAUUAGUAAAAAUGAAGUAGGCAUAUUUACUACUCCUAAUUUUGAUGAGACCUCUAGUGCUACCACCAUCAGCACAUCAGAGGAUGGAAGCUAUGGUACUGAUGUAACCAGGUGCAUUUGUGGUUUUACACAUGAUGAUGGCUACAUGAUCUGUUGUGACAAAUGCAGUGUUUGGCAACAUAUUGACUGCAUGGGGAUUGAUAGGCAGCAUAUUCCUGAUAUAUAUCUGUGUGAACGUUGUCAGCCUAGGAAUUUGGAUAAAGAGAGGGCCGUGCUGUUACAACGCCGGAAAAGAGAAAAUAUGUCAGAUGGUGACACCAGUGCAACAGAGAGUGGCGAUGAAGUUCCUGUGGAAUUGUAUACUGCAUUUCAACAUACACCAACAACAAUAACUUUAACUGCUGCGAGAGUUACCAAGGUCAAUGAUAAGAAAAGGAAAAAAAGUGGAGAAAAAGAACAAAAUAUUUCAAAAUGCAAAAAAUCUUUUCGUGAAGGCUCUAGGAAAUCAUCAAGAGUUAAGGGUUCAGCUCCAGAGAUUGAUCCUUCUGAUGGGUCAAAUUUUGGAUGGGAAACUAAAAUCAAAGCUUGGAUGGAUCGUUAUGAGGAAGCAAAUAAUAACCAGUACAGUGAAGGUGUCCAAAGGGAGGCUCAAAGAAUAGCUUUACGAUUAGGCAAUGGAAAUGAUAAGAAAGAAAUGAAUAAUAAAUCAGAAUCAAAUCCCAGCAAUCUGAUCUUCAAGCCUCCUGUAGAGAGCUACAUACAAAAGAAUAAGAAAAUUCUGAAAUCUGCUAAAGAUUUGCCUCCUGAUGCUCUUAUUAUUGAAUACAGAGGGAAGUUCAUGCUAAGAGAGCAAUUUGAAGCAAAUGGAUAUUUCUUUAAGAGGCCAUAUCCUUUUGUUCUAUUCUACUCUAAAUUUCAUGGGUUAGAAAUGUGUGUUGAUGCAAGGACUUUUGGGAAUGAGGCUCGAUUCAUUAGACGUUCUUGUACACCAAAUGCAGAGGUGAGGCAUAUCAUUGAAGAUGGAACAAUUCAUCUUUAUAUUUACUCCAUCCAAAGCAUUCCAAAGGGAACAGAAAUUACUAUUGCUUUUGAUUUUGACUAUGGAAAUUGCAAGUAUAAGGUGGAUUGUGCAUGCCUCAAAGAAAAUCCUGAAUGUCCAGUUUUAAAACGAUGUUCUGAACCAACGGAAAACAUCAAUAGUGGUUAUGAAACCAGAAGGAAAAAAGGGAAAAAAGAGAAAGAUAUUUCAAAAGAAAAAGAAUCACAAAAUCAAAAUAUUACUCUGGAUUGUGAAAGUGCCACCAACAAAAUGAGGAGCCCAGAUAAUAAACAGAGAAAACUUUCUCCACUGAGACUAUCUAUUUCAAAUAAUCAGGAGCCAGAUUUUAUUGAUGAUAUAGAAGAAAAAACUGCUAUUAGCAAUGAAGUAGAAAUGGAAUCAGAGGAGCAGAUUGCAGAAAGGAAAAGGAAGAUGACAAGAGAAGAGAGGAAAAUGGAAGCUAUCCUCCAAGCCUUUGCUAGACUUGAGAAGAGAGAGAAAAGAAGAGAACAAGCUUUGGAACGAAUCAGCACAGCAAAAACAGAAAUUAAAACAGAAUGCAAAGAUGCACAGAUGGUCAAUGAUGCUGAAGUUGUUCAGGAUACCACAAAGGAAGAAACUGCCAGCAAGCCAACCCCUGCCAAAGUAAAUAGAGCUAAGCAGAGAAAAAGUUUUUCUCGGAGUAGAACUCACAUUGGACAGCAGCGCCGGCGACACCGAACUGUCAGCAUGUGUUCAGAUAUUCAGCCAUCUUCUCCUGAUGUUGAAGUUACUUCACAACCAAAUGAACCUGAGAACACUGCACUUGUAGCAGAGCCUGAAACUGAAACUGCCAUAGCAGAAAUAGUUACCGAGACUGAAGUGCCAGCACUUAAUAAAUGUCCUACAAAGUACCCCAAAACAAAAAAGCACUUAGUCAAUGAAUGGUUAAGUGAGAAGAAUGAGAAGACAGGAAAAUCUUCAGAGAGCCUUUCAGAAAAGCCUCUGCGAAUAACCACAGAUCCGGAAGUAUUGGCUACACAGCUCAACUCUUUACCAGGCCUCACUUAUAGUCCCCAUGUGUAUUCUACCCCGAAACACUAUAUUAGAUUUACUUCACCGUUCCUUUCAGAGAAAAGGAGAAGAAAAGAACCUACUGAGAAUAGUUCUGGCUCUUGCAAAAAGCGAUGGUUGAAGCAAGCAUUAGAAGAAGAAAAUUCUGCAAUUUUAGAUAAAUUUAGUUCAUUAUGCCAAGAAAGAUCUAGAAGCCCUGCUGUCAAUGGUGAAAAUAAAAGUCCGCUGUUACUGAAUGAUAGUUGUUCACUUCCAGAUUUAACUACGCCACUAAAAAAACGAAGACUAUAUCAGUUAUUGGAUUCUGCUUACUCAGAAACCUCCACACCUACUCCUUCUCCAUAUGCUACGCCAACUCAUGUGGAUGUCUCUGCUACAGACCCAUCAUUAUUUGCUACUCCUCCUAGGACAAAAUCAGAAGAUGAAACUUGCAGAAAUGGUUAUAAACCCAUAUAUUCACCAGUUACUCCAGUAACUCCUUGUAUACAAGGAAAUGCCAUGCACUUUGAGAAUAUUUCCUCCCCAGAAAGUUCACCAGAAAUUAAAAGACGAGUUUAUACUCAAGAGGGCUAUGAGAGAACACCAACUAUGCUAACAGUGGGUCCUUUUAGAAAUUCUAAUCUUUCAGAAAUGAGCCUGCAAGAAAUAAAGACCAUUGGAUAUUCCAGCCCAAGAAAUAGAACUGAUGUAACUAGGCAAUGCACUGGGGACAAGGAGUCUGUAUCAGACCUCCAGAUUGGACUUGAUGUAGUGGAGCACACUGCCAUUCCUAAAAGCAUGGAAACCCCUUCACAGGAUAGGACUGACUCUAACAGCCAGCUAGAACCUGCUCCUUGUGGACGAGGCACAGUUUACACUUCUUGGGUUAAAAGCCCUGAAAGAACAGGUGUGAACUUCUCCUCAGUGAAUUCUAAUUUAAGGGACUUAACACCUUCCCAUCAGCUGGAGGUUGGAGGUGGCUUCCGAGUAAGUGAGUCAAAGUGCCUCCUACAAGAUGACUCCAGAGGUGUGUUCAUGGAGACCUCCGUGUUCUGUUCUUCAGAAGAUGGGCUCCCCCCAGGCUUUGGAAGGGCAAUAAAUGACAGUGCAAUCGAAGGGAGUUGUACACCCCAGAAUCCACCACAAAAGAAAAAGGUGUCCUUAUUAGAAUACCGGAAGAGACAGCGGGAAGCUAGGAAAAGUGGCUCCAAAGCUGACAAUUUUUCUCUAGUUACGGUGUCACCUCACACUACUGUGGGUGGAAACAUGAGCAACAGCAGCAAUCCAAGUGAUGGUUGUAACAACAGUGGUGAAAAUGGGGAGCAAGUAGACCAUACUACUAGCCUACCUUUACCUUUGCCAACUGCUGUUUAUAAUGCUACUUCAGAAGAAAUCAGCAAUAACUGCCCAGUAAAAGAAACUUCUGCUGGUGAAAAAAAUGAACCAGAAGUUCAGUGGUAAGUGGAUUCAUUCAUGCCCAACAUUUCAGAAUUUGCAAAGUGUAUUUUAAGUACUAAAAACUACUAUAUGAAAGAAGUUGGUAAUGUUAAUUUAAUUUUCAAAGAUGAUGGGUAUUUUGACCUGGGAAUUCUUUUCCUAAUGGGGGAAUAAUAUCUCACACUGGUUGUAUUUCUUUUCCUAAUCAAGGGAGAAAGUGGUUAGGUUUUUUUUUUGUUUUGUUUUGUGUUGGUUUUUUUUUUGUUUUGUUUUGUUUUGUUUUGUUUUAAUGCCUCAGUUAUAUCUGAGUCUCGAGCCACCUAAUUCUGGAUUUUUAUUAAAGAGAACAUGGGAUCCUUAACAGUCUCCCAUUUUUGCAAAUGCUAUUAAUUUCUUUUGCUGUUGAGUUUCUUAGUUCUGAUUAUUGUAGAUCACAUUUUAAAUAUUUUUUCUACAGUUUUCCCAAAGAUAAAGGAAUUUGAGGGGAGACAUUCAAUUAGGCAAGUCCUUCUAUACUGAAGGCAUAAAACUCCAUAGAUUCCCAGCCUACUAAAGAUAAAUCAAGCUCUAGCUGUUUUAGGAGACAGGAUAAAGAAAAUUAGUGUAUGUUGUGAUUCUGUCAAAAUUAUCUGAUCAGAAAAAAUUUUCUUAUCUCUUGGACUGCCAGUAGGGAUUUAUUGAUUCAAAAUUAUCUACACCUAAAAAGCUAUCUUUCAUGAAGGAAUUGCCCAAAGAAAAAUAUUAGCAGAGUUAGUAUCUAUUA